CUGUAUAAAGUGUGACACCGACUCCGACUUUGACCUAUGAUUUUCACCGUCGCGGUUUUUUUUUCUGCUUAUUUUAGAAAGUAAGUGGUGUAAAAGUUUUUCAGCAUGUUGGUCAGAGUGGACAAUCUCCUCCGCGGUGUCCGAGUGUGUGUGCUGCCCCGGUGCAGACUGCGCGUGACUCCGAGUGUGUGUACAAGUCAGUGUGAGAGGAGUUUCUCCUCAGACUCACAGCAGAGGAGUGUCAGGGUCGCCUGUGCCUCGGGCUUCUGGGGGGACACUGCUACUGCAGUUCCUCAGCUGAUCCAUGGAGGGAAGCUGGACUUUCUAGUGUUUGAUUAUCUGUCAGAGAUCACCAUGUCGCUCCUCACAGCAGCUAAAGCCAAGACUCCUAGUAUGGGAUACGCUCCGGAUUUUGUUCUUGCUGCCAUUUCUCCAUUUAUUAAAGAAAUCAGCCAAAAAGGUAUUCGUGUGGUCAGUAACGCCGGUGGUGUGAAUCCUCUCGCGUGUGCCACUGCUAUACAGGAAGUAGUGCAGGAAGCUGGGCUCAGUUUGAAGGUUGCCGUGGUAACUGGUGAUGAUCUCAUGCCACAGAAAGACUCUCUGAAUAUGUUGAAGAUGGCCGAUACACAAGAAACAAAACCACUUCCCAACACCGUACACAGUAUGAACGCAUACCUGGGUGCGCUCCCCAUAAAGCGCUGUUUGGAUCUCGGGGCUGAUAUCGUGGUCACUGGCCGCUGUGUGGACAGUGCAGUGGUGCUCGGACCCCUGAUGCAUUCAUUUGGCUGGAAUCAGAAUAACUUUGACCUCUUGGCUGCUGGAAGUCUGGCAGGUCACCUGAUCGAGUGUGGAGCCCAAGUGACCGGUGGCAUUUUCACUGACUGGCACACGGUUCCUGACUGGGAUAACAUGGGGUUCCCCGUGAUCGAGUGUUCCUCUGAUGGCUCCUUCACACUCUCCAAACCUCCCAGAACUGGAGGCCGGGUGUCCUUUGGGACAGUAGCAGAACAGUUAGUGUAUGAAAUAGGAGAUCCACGUCAUUACCUGCUGCCUGAUGUCACGUGUGACUUCUCUCACGUCACCAUUACUGAGGUUCCAGGUGUGGAUGGAGGAGCAGUGAAAGUGGGUGGAGCCAAAGGAUCACCUCCGUCAGGUGACUACAAGGUCUGUGCCACGUACAUGGACGGGUUCAGAGCCACGGCCGUUUGUCCAGUAGUCGGCCCUGGAGCGGCUCAGAAGGCCAGAAGGACCGCGGAGAGCAUUCUCAAACGGACCAGGAGAAUGUUCAGACAGCUGGGACUGGAUGAUUACACUGAUGUGAACGUCCAGGUUCUGGGGGCUGAGGAUACCUACGGACCACACGCAGUCAUCACCGACCUUCGGGAAGCGGUGCUGUGGAUGGCUGUCCAUCACAAGCAGAAGAAAGCUCUUGAGUUUUUCUCCAGGGAAGUGGCUCCAGCAGGAACCGGCAUGGCUCCUGGCCUAACAGCAAUCGUAGGAGGCAGACCUCGAGUGUCUCCUGUACUGAAGCCUUUUUUCUUCCUGCACCCUAAAGCAGACCUGCAGGUGAACAUCUAUCUGAAUGGAGAGCUGAUGGAGACGUUCAGAGAGACAGAGUGUUCUUCACCUGAAGGACUUUACUCUUCCUCUCAGCUCCUGGAGCAAAAUUACAUCCCUACAGAUCUUCCCAGCGGUCCUCACACCUACAGACUUGAAGACUUGGCUUUUACACGAAGUGGAGAUAAAGGAGACUCUGCGAAUAUCGGAGUUAUAGCGAGACAUCCACUCUACUUUCCGUACCUGAAGAAGUUUUUGACCGCUGAAGUGGUGGAGAAAUUCUUUCAGCACCUGAUUAAGAAGGACGCCGGUGAUCUGCCCUCUGUGACCCGGUUCGAGUUGCCUGGUGUCUGUGGUUUAAACUUCCUGAUUCACAAUUCACUUGGAGGAGGAGGAGUGGCUUCUUUAAGAAGUGACCCUCAGGGAAAAGCUUAUGGACAGAUGUUGCUGGACUACAGAUUGAGUGGACUUCCUGACCUCAUCUCACUGGUACACUGAGGAAACAUGAUGAUCUGAGGAAAUCUACACAAACAUUAGAACUGAAAACUGAGUCACCUGACUCCACGAGAACAAGACACACAGCACCAGCUAAUCAUUUUCUUAUUUGUUGUGUGUGUGUGUGUGUGUGUGUGUGUAACCAACACUACCUUACCCUCACUCUUCCUAUUAGUAAGAAUUCUUCCACAGGAUGGGGCGUGUAAAGUUAAACUCCUCCCUGAAUCACAUUAAACAUCUUCACACUGAGCUGAUCGUUAUGGUAUUGUUCCUGAGAUUGCAGUUACCGCGGUAACAGUCAGAUUUCACUGCUAGCCUCUAAAAACAGAACGUCUUCCUGAUGUUUCAUGUCCAGCAUCAUUUUACUGAGAAAUCCCACACAGGAGCACACUCUGGACUCCCAGAAUGCAGUGCGGCUCUACAGCGGAGACUCCACUCAGCCAGUUAGCCAGCCCUAGAUUUCCCCUUGGAGGUCAGUGUGUCCAUCUGUCUGUCUCGUUAGUGGACGUUUUGGACGCUGAUGUGUACAGAUGAGGAGGUGAGAGAGCUGGAAAGACAAAAGCACUAAUAAAAAAAUACAUUCUCAGAUAAUUUUAUAGUGAAAAUGUUUGUUCAAGUCUAAAUGAAAUAAAAACUAGAUGAAGGUC